AUGCCUCAAGUUGGAGGCAUGGUGCCUUCGCAGCCUAUGCCGCAGCUCGACCCGAGUAACCAUUACCCGCAACUCCUGGGAGCCAGCAACCCAGCCUUUAACCCAGGCGCAGCGAUGCCGCAAGGCGUUAUGAGCAAUGGUGCUCCUGUCCUUUUGCGUUCUCAGCGGGACUGGAACGGGAACGCAACUCAGCAGCUGCUUGGGGGACAACCUGGGCAACAGGCGAUGAACAAGCUGACUAUUAACGGUCUCUUGCCAGGCCAGCUCGCGACGGGACCAGCCAUGAUUUCGCAACAGCAGGCUAUGCCAAACGCAGGCUUCGUGCCGAACAACGGUACCAGCGGGACCAGUGGCUUGAUACCUAUGGCCAAUGGCAUGGUGCCCAGUGGCGCCAUGGUACCAAACGGCGGCUUGGUUCCCAGCGGGGGCAUGGUUCCUAACGGCGCCAUGGUGCCGAACGGAGGAAUGGUGCCUAACAGCGGCAUGGUGCCCAGUGCAGGAAUGGUACCAAACGGGGGCAUGGUGCCGAACGGAGGAAUGGUGCCGAACAGCGGCAUGGUGCCAAGCGGGGGAAUGGUGCCGAACAGCGGCAUGGUGCCAAGCGGGGGAAUGGUGCCGAACGGCGUCAUGGUAUCCAACAGCGGCAUGGUACCCAACGGGGGCAUGGUGCCGAGCGGCGGAAUGGUGCCGAGCGGGGGAAUGGUAUCAAGCGGGGGAAUGGUGCCGAGCGGGGGAAUGGUGCCCAACGGCGGAAUGGUUCCAUUGAACCCCGGUAUGCCUGGGAUCAACACGGCUGGCUCGCCGUUGCUCAACAACAUGGCGAACUUCAGUGGGCCGCAGGCUGUAUCGAAUGCCGGCAUGCCCGAGGAGAUCAACCCUAAGGUGCAGGAGCAGUACGUGCAGAAGCAGCAGCGCUGGUUGCUAUUUCUGAGGCACUGCGCGAAGUGCCGGGCCCCUGGGGAAGAGUGCCAGCUAAAAACGCAGUGCAAGUUCGGAAAGCAGCUGUGGGCCCAUAUCCUAUCGUGUCAGAACGCGCAGUGCGACUACCCGCGGUGUACGAGCUCCAAAGAGCUGCUGAAGCACCACCAAAAGUGCCAGGCAUCGCAGUGUCCAAUUUGUGCGCCCGUGAAGGAUUACGUGAAGAAGACACGACAGGCGACGCAGCAGCAGCAAGCGCAGCAGCAGGCGCAACAGCAAGCGCAGCAGCAAGCGCAGCAGCAGCAGCAGCAACAGCAAGCGGCAGCAGCUCAGCAGCAACAGCAGCAGCAGGUGCAGCAACAGCAGCAGGGAGCUGGCGGGCCAUUUAUGCCGGGGCAGCCUAACAUGAUGCCCAACGGUAUGGUACCGCAGCAACAGCAGCAGCAACAGCAGGUGAUGCGAUUAAACGCCAACAGCCUCGGGGGCCAGAAGCGGCCACACGAAAUGAUGAACGUGGGGGGCAUGGGGUCGGCCAGCCUGGACGGUGUGAGCAGGAUGGUGCCGGUUCCGGGCGGCAUGGGGAUGGGCAUGGGCGACCCCUUACAGCAGCCCAUGCAGCAGCCGCAGCCGCAGGGGCCUGGCCAGCAGCCCAUGGUGCCACAGCAGUCGCAGCCGCAGCAGCCGGCACCCAAGCGGCCUAAGACCGAGGAUGUGUUGCGGCAGAAUACGGGGACAUCGCUGCUGGAGACCUUCGACGCAAAGCAGAUCCGUGUGCAUGUGGAUUUGAUACGGGCAGCGGCGGUGACGCAGAAAGCACAGCAGCAGCCGCCGCCCAUGAAUCCGGAGGAUGCGUGCAAGGUCUGCUUGCUGGCAAAGCUUUCAUUCGAGCCGCCCGUCAUCUACUGCUCGUCAUGCGGUCUCAAAAUUAAGCGUGGGCAGAUCUACUACAGCACACCUCCAGAGCACGGGAACGACUUGAAAGGGUACUUCUGCCACCAGUGCUUCACCGACCAGAAAGGGGAGCGCAUCUUGGUGGAGGGCGUAGCAAUAAAGAAGACGGAUUUAGUGAAACGGAAGAAUGAUGACGAAAUUGAGGAGGGCUGGGUGCAAUGCGACCACUGCGAGGGCUGGGUGCAUCAGAUCUGCGGCAUGUUCAACAAGGGCCGCAACAACAACGACGUGCACUACCUAUGUCCCGAAUGCCUCGCCUACGGCUACGAACGCGGGCAUCGACAGCGGACAGAGAUUCGGCCCCAGGCCAUGCUUGAGGCUAAGGAUUUGCCGACGAGCAAGCUGAGUGAGUGGAUUACGGAGCGCCUUAAUCGGGAGCUGGAGCGUGAACGUAUCAGGCGGGCAGAGCAGCAGGGGAAGGCGCCGCACGAGGUUCCAGCGCCCGAGCCGCUGACGGUGCGCAUGAUCAACAGCGUGAAAAAGAAGUGCGAGGUGAAACCCAAGUUCCACGAGACCUUUGCCCCGGACGGCUAUGUCUCCGAGUUCGAGUAUCGCCAGAAGGUCUUGUUGCUCUUUCAGAGCCUAGACGGGGAGUACGGUAGAGACUGUCCAGCACCGAACACGAACGUGGUGUAUUUAUCGUACCUGGAUUCCGUCAAGUACUUCCGUCCCGAAAUCCCUUGCGCUCUCGGGUCCAACGUGUCGCUGCGCACCUUCGUCUACCACCAGCUGCUCAUCGGAUACAUCGAGUUUACCCGCAACAUGGGCUUCGAACAGAUGUACAUCUGGGCGUGCCCGCCGAUGCAGGGCGACGACUACAUCCUGUACUGCCACCCAAGCAAGCAAAAGACGCCCCGUUCGGACCGGCUGCGCAUGUGGUACAUCGACAUGCUGAAGCAGGCGCGCGAGGAGGGCAUCGUGGUGCACCUUUCAACACUCUGGGACACAUACUUCGAGGGCGGGCGAGACCACCGCAUGGAAAAGUGCAGCGCCACUUAUAUUCCUUACAUGGAAGGGGACUACUGGCCAGGUGAGGCGGAGAAUCAGCUCGCAACCAUCGCGGACCACCAGCGGGGCGGAAAGGGGCCCAAGAAGGGCGCGACAAGCUCCACCGGCGCCGUGGUGCCCAGCCGCAAGGCGGGGUCCAAGGGCAAACGCUAUGGCGGCGGCCCGGCGACUACGGACGAGCAGCUAAUGUCUCGACUGGGGGAGAUCCUUGGGGGCAAUAUGCGGGAGGACUUCAUCGUCGUUCACAUGCAGCAGCCCUGCACCUUUUGCCGGACGCACAUCCGGGGGCCCAACGUUGUUUACCGGUACCGUGUACCGCCCGGUGCGACGCCACCAAAGGCUGCUGCAGAGCGCAAGUUUGAGGGCAUCAAGCUGGAGGGUGGUGGCCCAUCCGUGCCGUCCGGGACCGUCUCCUCGUUGACCAUCUGCGAGGCUUGCUUCCGUGACGAGGAAAACCGGGUGCUGACGGCGCAGCAACUCCGGCUACCGGCGGGCGUGCAGCCGCACGACUUGCUUGUGGAGAAGCUGGAGGAAAUGCACAUCUGGGACCGCGAUCCGGACGGGGACAUCGAGAGCGAGUUUUUUGAGACGAGACAGUCCUUCCUCUCACUGUGCCAAGGCAAUCACUACCAGUUCGACACGUUGCGGCGUGCCAAGCACAGCAGCAUGAUGGUGCUGUACCAUUUGCACAACCCGCACUCGCCGGCGUUUGCGAGCAGCUGCAAUGUCUGCAAUGCCGAGAUUGAGCCCGGCAUGGGCUUCCGCUGCACCGUCUGCUCGGACUUCGAUAUGUGCGCCAGUUGCAAGUUCAACGUUGGCCAUGCGCACCCGGUCGUGCCGCACAAGCGCGCGCUAGACGAGACCCGACAGCGGCUUACGGAGGCGGAGCGGCGCGAGCGGAACGAGCAGUUGCAAAAGACGCUGGCGCUGCUCGUCCAUGCUUGCAGCUGCCACAACCCCGCGUGUGGAAGCAACAGCUGCCGCAAGGUUAAACAGCUAUUCCAGCACGCGGUACAAUGCCAGGCCAAGGUUACGGGCGGCUGCCAGCUGUGCAAGAAGAUGUGGUGUCUGCUUAACCUUCACGCUAAGAGCUGUACACGGGCGGACUGUCCGGUGCCACGCUGCAAGGAGCUCAAGGAGCUUCGCCGGCGACAGACAAAUCGGCAGGAGGAGCAACGCCGCGCGGCCUACGCGGCCAUGCUGCGGCAGCAAAUGGCAGCUCAGCAGCAGCGGCCUAUGUAACCUUGGACCGGCUUACACUAGCGGAACGGUUUCAUGACCGAAGGGUGGCGUAAAUAUUACUAGUAAAUGGGGUGCAGCGCUGCGCUGCACUUCACCUUUCCAGAAUGGUGCUUGUGCACCAUCCUGGCGAUAGCUGGGUCACCUAUGCAGCAUUCGUUUGGUUUUUAGUUGUUGCCCGGAGCGACUUGUUACGACCGGAUGCACGAGGCUGUGGCAUGGGCAAGUGUCUGCAUAGGGCUGGGGAGGGUGGGCGGAGCUGCGUGCACGUGCUGUGUCUCCGUGAGGCGUGUCUAAGACACAUUUGUAGGUUACUUUGUUCCGAGUGGGGGCACCUGCGACCGGGAGAUCCCGUGGGCGAUUCAACGCACUAAUACUGGGGGAACAUGCACAAGGGUGGUGUGGCAUAACGAGCAGUUUGUUGUGCAGCAUGUACAGGUGCUGUCUGUUGUGUGUAGGGUUGCCUGUCCCGCUUACCUGAACCCGCGUGUUGCUUGAAGAAGUGCGCCCUCAUUCCUUCAUCUAAAUUGCGGCUAGCGGUAGCUACAUGGCGUGUACGUCGAUAGCGGCGCCAUAAGGCUUCUAGUCGCUUGGCUUGUGGAAAUGCGGGCAUGGACACGUCGCUUUUGCUAUGGCCAUGGGUGUCUGCUCCUUCAUAAAGGAAACAUCCCGGGUCGGGGAAUGGCUCAUUGGACCUGGCAUAGGCUAAGGAAGUACACUUUUCUUACUUGUGUAUGCGGUUUUAUGUCUCGAUCUGGUGUUUGGAUUUGACGUGUUGAAACCUGUUUCUUAUGCGACUUUUGCGGGCGGCGCACAGCCCGUCACCUUGGCAAACUCGGCCGACUGCCCUCUAAUUUUGCUGUUGAGUGGGUUAGGGCUUAACUGUACUACCAAUUAUUCGUGCGUUGCAACGGACAGGCCAGUCUCGGUCGAGUCUCUAUUGGAAACCCAAGCCUCAUGUUCGGGUUACGCGCCUCGAAUGAAGCUCAAUCUUGAAGUAAUGUGUGGUGAGCGGCUCACUUUCAUUCGGCAGUCCAUCGAGACAAGCCGUCGUCAAGAGAUACGUAUGCCGUUUGUAAUUUUAUAUUGCAGGAA